AAUAAAUGAAAUAUGUAAAUAACAAUUGAAAAAGAAAGUAAAUUACCAGCCAGUUCUUGUGAACCCAGUGCUUGUAAUUCUUUUAAGCACAAGGUCAAUGAUGCCAAUACCAUCGUUACAAAAUCACACCAAAAUAUAAAUGUAUGGUGUAGUUUCUGAUGAUUGAAUGUGAGUGUAAACACACUGCAAUAUGCUAAUUGCAAAAUGAAAACUGCCAUGAAUAUUUUUCAUUUCCAUUUGCAUUUUUAGAAUGAUAAGGAAAGAAAGAAAAAAAAAAUCCAAACCAAAUAUGGCAAACCAAUUAUUAUAAGAUGAAUUUUAAGUUAUAACAAACAUACAUAUCAAGAAAAAUGAGCAUCUUAAUAAAAUUUCAAUAGAUUUGUGCACUAAAUGAAGAGCUAAACUAUCGCAGUAAAAUUUAGAAAAUGUGAAUUAAUUCCACUGAAAGAAGUACCAAAUUAUUGUGUCACCUGCCCUAAUCUAUCGAAUAAAAACUAUAAAACAUUCAAAUGAAAUAUCAAUUUGAUUUUUUUUGUUUUCUAAUUUUUCAUCUAUUGUUCAACCAAUUAUUAUGAGAUGAGUUUUAAGUUAUGACAAAUAUUACAUAUCCAUAAAAAUGAGUAUUUUAAUAAAAUUUCAACAGAUUUGUGCACUAAAUGAAGAGCUCAACUAUCACAAUAAGAUUUAGAAAAUGAAAAUAAUUCCACUGAAAGAAGUAUCAAAUUAUUUUAUCACCUGUCCUGAUCUAUCAAAUAGAAACUAUAAAACAUUCAAAUGAAAUAUCAAUUUUACUGUUCUGCUCUUUUAAUUUUCCAUCUAUUGUUAAACCAAUCAUUAUGAGAUGAGUUUUAAGUUAUGAUAAAUAUUACAUAUCCAAAAAAAUGAGCAUAUUAAUAAAAUUCCAACAAAUUUGUGCACUAAAUGAAGAGUUCAAUUAUCACAAUAAGAUUUAGAAAAUAUGAAUUAAUUCCACUGAAAGAAGUACCAAAUUAUUGUGUCACUUGUCCUGAUCUAUCAGAUAGAAACUAUAAAACAUUCAAAUGAACUAUCAAUUUGACUUUUCUGGUCUUCUAAUUUUCCAUCUAUUGUUCAAUACAUUUUACUCAUCUGAAGCUGGUAUAGAAUCGAUCAAAAUCUUUCUUAUUUGAUCCAUUAGAUGGUUCUACAAAUAUUCCAACCUUGGUUUCUGUUACUUGGGGGAAGAGAAGGGUGAGGUGGGUUUUAAUGCAUUUUACUCAUCUGGUAUAGAGUCCAUCAAAAUCUAUCUUAUUUGUAUGGAAAUUAUAUGAAUAAAUCAUUAUCUAUAUAAUAUAGUAACAUAAUAUAAUAUCUGUCCUAGCAAAAACGAAAAAAGUAUAUAUCCUCUUUGGCCCAACACAUGGGCCUCAAGGUUUUAUAGUCAAAACGCAUCUUGGAAGUAAAAGGGGAGCACACGCUUAUAAGGCGUUCCUUCAACCCCUUUCCAAUCGAUGUGGGAUGCAACAUAUACUUCCCCACUCCCUCCCAGGGCAUCUGAUCCCCAGUUAGGCCCACCGAUCCGAGUUUGGCUCUGAUACCAAAGCUAAGCCCAGUCCAAGAUAUUGUCCUCUUUGGCCCAACACAUGGACCUCAAGAUUUUAUAGUCAAAACGCGUCUUGGAAGUAAAAGGGAUGUGGAUAAUAAAAACAGUCAUAAAGUGUUUUUAUUAUUAAAAAGAAGGCUAUAAAUACACUGAAUGUUAUAGAAAAUUUUACAAUGAAGUAUAACAACACAACUACAAGUUGUAUUACAAGCUCCAUGUCUCUUUAUUCUAUGUCAUUAUCGUCAUAUUUUAUGAUAGCGUUUAUAGCUGUAUAGUAGUCUUCUAUAUCUAUAUAAAAACUAAAGGUUUUUUGUCUACUUGUAAACCAUAAUUCCUUUUUCAUUUUUAUUUUAGCUUGUAUAUUCUUUAAGCAAUUUAUAUAAGCAAUUUAUAUAAGAUGUAUGUAUGUAUACAAAGCGGCAGUAUGAUGAGUAAUAAUAAUAUGCAUAAAUUUGUAUGCUGUAUGUUUUUAUCCAUAAUUUUAGUAUAGAUGUCUAUAAAUCGUUAUUAGUCUCAAGACUGCCUUGUUAGAUGUCUAUAAGAGAGAUUUUGAUGGACUCUAUACCAGAUGAGUAAAAUGCAUUAAAACCCACCCCACCCUUCUCCUCCCCCCAAGUAACAGAAACCAAGGUUGGAAUAUUUGUAGAACCAUCUAAUGGAUCAAAUAAGAAAGAUUUUGAUCGAUUCUAUACCAGCUUCAGAUGAGUAAAAUGUAUUGAACAAUAGAUGGAAAAUUAGAAGACCAGAAAAGUCAAAUUGAUAGUUCAUUUGAAUGUUUAAUAGUUUCUAUCUGAUAGAUCAGGACAAGUGACACAAUAAUUUGGUACUUCUUUCAGUGGAAUUAAUUCACAUUUUCUAAAUCUUAUUGUGAUAAUUGAACUCUUCAUUUAGUACACAAAUCUGUUGGAAUUUUAUUAAUAUGCUCAUUUUUCUGAAUAUGUAAUAUUUGUCAUAACUUAAAACUCAUCUCAUAAUGAUUGGUUUAACAAUAGAUGGAAAAUUAAAAGAGCAGAACAGUAAAAUUGAUAUUUCAUUUGAAUGUUUUAUAGUUUCUAUUUGAUAGAUCAGGGCAGGUGAUAAAAUAAUUUGGUACUUCUUUCAGUGGAAUUAUUUUCAUUUUCUAAAUCUUAUUGUGAUAGUUGAGCUCUUCAUUUAGUGCACAAAUCUGUUGGAAUUUUAUUAAAAUACUCAUUUUUAUGGAUAUGUAAUGUUUGUUAUAACUUAAAACUCAUCUCAUAAUAAUUGGUUGAAUAAUAGAUGAAAAAUAAGAAAACAAAAAAAUCAAAUUGAUAUUUCAUUUGAAUGUUUUAUAGUUUUUAUUCGAUAGAUCAGGGCAGGUGACACAAUAAUUUGGUACUUCCUUCAGUGGAAUUAAUUCACAUUUUCUAAAUUUUACUACGAUAGUUUAGCUCUUCAUUUAGUGCACAAAUCUAUUGAAAUUUUAUUAAGAUGCUCAUUUUUCUGGAUAUGUAUGUUUGUUAUAACUUAAAAUUCAUCUCAUAAUAAUUGGUUUGCCAUAUUUAGUUUGGAUUUUUUUUUUUUUUUCUUUCUUUCCUUAUCAUUCUAAAAAUGCAAAUGGAAAUGGAAAAUAUUCAUGGCAGUUUUCAUUUUGCAAUUCGCAUAUUGCAGUGUGUUUACACUCACAUUCAAUCAUCAGAAACUACACCAUACAUUUAUAUUUUGGUGGGAUUUUGUAACGAUUGUAUUGGCAUCAUUGACCUUGUGUUUAAAAGAAUUACAAGCACUGGGUUCACAAGAACUGGCUGGUAAUUUACUUUCUUUUUCAAUUGUUAUUUACAUAUUUCAUUUAUUUGGCAGGUGUUUAUACAUCUGCAAUACCUUGGGUUACUUUCCUUGGAUAGUCACAUAUAAGAUAUGCAAAAUGGCCAUUAAAGCAUUGAGAUGGAAACCAUGGAAGUGGACAAAAGUGUUGAAGUUGUCUGUGUACAUGAUAGGACUCGGAGCACUUUUCAUAAUCACUACCCACUGCUACCUCAACACAAUGAAGAAGAGAAUGAAAAGGCACUUAAUGAGGAGCGUGGCCGCACUCAUUUUAAGGUUUGUGGUGCUGAGAGCGUACUGGGUACACUUCGUAGUAUGUUUAUACUUUGGUUUAGCCAUGAUUUGGCCAGAUCCUAAAGACACGUGGCUAGGAAGUGUAACAAUGGACAGCAACAAGACUUAUAAUUUCAACAAAGAAGCAGUGUGGAAGAACUAUGGCAUAUGUUUCUACUAUGCCAUGAGCGCAAUUACCACACUUGGUUACGGAGACAUUCAUGCGGUCAACAUAUUGGAGAUGUAUGUCACUCCAAUAAUAUUAUUAAGCAACAUGGUUGUGAUGACAUAUAUAGGAUCACAUUUCAUAGUGCCACUACUGGCUCGUAUAUUUCAGGAUGAAAAUAGUGAGCUGAGAGAGCAGGAUUAGGGAGGAUCGGGGAGGAUUACGAUCGAUCAGAAGCAACAACAAAGGAAGGAUGCAUAGAUAAUUUGUUCUAUUGAAAUGGAACAAAUAGAACUGAACACUGUUUUGUACAAAGGCUAGACAUUUUUUAUUCAUCAUGUGUGUGAUGAGAAUUGAUGAUUUUUUUAAGGCAUCAGUAUAUGAGGUAGAUUUGAAUACUGUUUUACAGAAAGACUAGACCUUUUUUGUUCCUCAUGUGUGUGAUGAAAACUGAUGACUGUUUUUGAAGUAUAUGGAUAGAACCACUGGUUUGGUUUGUGUGUUUUGAAAUUGGAUUGAUUACUUGUGUAGCAAGGCAUAUAGACCUUGUUUGUGAGGAUUUUGUUUGAAAUCAUGACACGAUUUUGAUUUUUUCUUUUUUUUUCUUUUUUUUUUUUUUUUUGGAAAUUAAAUGAAGCCAUGCCAUAUGUUUCUGUGACAUCUAGUUCAAAGGAAAAUAUAAAAGAAAAACAAAGAAUAAUUGAAUUG